AAGGGACUGCCAGCAAGAUCUUCAUCCCUGCAGCGCUGCUGCUAGAGUUAGAGAGAAACCUGCUGCCUCUCCUCUCUCUUUCUUUUGAUCUCCUGGAGAGGAGAGUGCCCACUUUCACCGCUGUCUCCUGCUCUGCCUGCUCCUGCUUUCAGCAUGGUAAAGAAGAAUACUAUCCCCGAUGGAUGGCGGAGUUUGACACCAGUUGGACAGCCUAUACCAGGAACUAGAUUUAUUGCAUUCAAAGUACCUUUAAAAGGGGCAAUUAACCAGAGGCUUACCCCAACCCAGAAAUUUACACCAAAAGACUUAAUUGCUGCAAUGAAAGCCCUAAAUGUGGAGCUUGGAUUAAUUAUUGAUUUAACAUAUACCACACGAUACUAUGAAGUUAAGGAUUUACCUAAAAGUGUGCAGUAUAAGAAACUUUAUACUGUUGGACUUGAAGUCCCCGAUAAUGCUACUAUCCUACAGUUCAAAAAAUGGGUCAGAAAAUUCCUAUGGGAAAAUGCGGGAAAUGAGAAACUCAUUGGCGUUCACUGUACUAAUGGAAUUAAUAGAACUGGCUACCUUAUAUGUAGAUAUCUUAUAGAUGUUGAAGGCUGGGAUCCAGAGGCAGCCAUCCAAGCUUUUGGUGAUGCUAGAGGUCAUCGCAUGGAUGGUCUUGUGUAUCUCGCAGAUCUCAGAACACAACCAAUGAGAAGUAAUCUUGGAAUGGAUGUAUGGGAUUCAGAUGAAGAUAUUAUUCCCCCACCACAUGCAAUGGAAGGACCUGUAGAGCGAAAAGAUUUUCAGGGGUCUGGGAAAAGAUUAAGAAUUUAUGAUGACCACUCUCACAAUGAUUUGCAAGGACAGAUACAGUUGAGAGAUUUUGAUUUCAUUAAUAAGGGACCUGGACAAAGACGAAGACCAUUUCAUGACCAUCAGACUCAGGAUGAUUUAAGAGCACCAAAGCAGAUGAGAAAUUGGGACUACAAUAGGGGACCAGGACAGAGGCGAAGACUCUUUCCUGAUCACCAGUUUUAUGAUGAUUAUGAAGAAGACAUGGAGCUGAAGGAUCUAGACUUCAGUAACAAGGGAUCUGGACAAAGGUUGAGACCUUUUCAUGGACACCAGUUUCAUGAUGAUUUACAGGCAGAGAGACAAUCGAGGGACAUUGAAUUUAACAGAAGCCAUGGACAAAGGCAGAGAUCUUUUCCUGAGCAUCCAUCUCAGAAUGAUUUGCAGGAAGACAGGCAGUCAAAGGAUUAUGAUUUUAGUAGCAGGGGCCGAGGUCAGAGACGAAGACCGUUCCAUGACCACCAAUCUCAUGAUGAAUUUCAGACUCAGAUACAGUUGAAAGAGUUAGAAUGUGUCAGCAAAAGUCCUGGCCAAAGACUGAGAUCUUUCCAUGACUAUCAGUCACAUGAUGACUUACAGCCACAGAUGCAAUUGGGAGAUUUUGAAUUUGUUAAUAGGGGUCGUGGGCAAAGGUUGAGACCUUUCAAUGAUCACCAGCCUCGCAAUGACUUACAAACAGGGAUGCAACUGAAAGAUUAUGAUAAUAAAGGUCCUGGACAAAGGCGUAGACCUUUUCAUGACCAUCAGCUUUAUGAUGACUUACAGGAACAGACUCAGUUAAAAGAUUUUGAUUAUGUCAAUAAAGGGCAUGGACAAAGGCCAAGACCUUUUCAUGAUCAUCCAGGUCACGAUGACUUGCCACAUGAAUGGUGUUCAGACAGAAGUCAAUCUUUUUCUUCCCAUGAAAAUGUACCAGACCCUCAUUUCUCCUCAUCUCCUUCACUUCACAGAGAUUAUGGGUCUGAUAAUGAUGACUUUCACAGAAGUUAUAGUAAUCGACCAAAUUGUCCGGAAGACAAUAGGAGAAUGCAUCCCUCGGAUGAAUUUAAUAGAGGGAAAAACAGAUUCGCACCAUAUUCUUCACGAACAAUGCAUGCAUCUUCAUCUGUACACCAAGAAGAUAGUUCAAUAGACUAUGAAAGAAAACCUUUUCAAGGUGAAAAUACCAGAGAGAUGGAACAAAGUAAAAGAUUACCAGUUGUAACAGUUGAUUACAAUUAUGGUCUGCCGUUAGAUUAUGGACCUGAAGAGGAAGAGAGAACACAUUAUGAUUUACCUCCAAGAGACCACUACAACUGGAACUGAAUAAAAAGGACAACGUUUGUUCAGCUUAGACUUACUUUUACCCAUUUUACUUUGUAUGUGGACCAAUUUUUUUUUUUUUUUAACAAAUUAGGAAAACACAAAUUUCAGUAGUAGAGAACUGGUCU